AUGUCCAGACUGUUCCAGCGACUCAUAGAACUCGGAGAGGAGCGUCCUGCUGCAGACGCCCUAUCGACCUCGUCGGACGUCAAUGGGAACGCAACGAGGGAAGAGCUGGCUGCAGAGUUGUUGCAGCUUCGGGCUCGGCUGGUGGAGCAGAAGAGCUUGUACGAUGACUUGUUUGCCGAUGCAACUGCGCUGCGCUUGGAGUACGACGCCUUCAGACGCACCGCUGAGCGGGAAAAGCGUGUGUCUAUGCAGCAACGUGCCAACGACAAACGCGUGUUAGAGGAGUUGCGCCGCGCAGGUCCCUUGGGGAAGACGGACGAGGUGUACGCGACGCUGACAGAGGCCAAACUGGCCGACCUGCAGGCCCAGCUUCAGAAGGCUGUGGAAAAGGAGGAAAAGGCGCACAAGCGGCAGCUUGAGGCGGAGCAGGCGCGUCUGGUGGCGGAGGCCUCCAAGAAGGAGGAUGUGCAGAAGUUGUGCCAACAGUUCGAGCGCUUCAAGGAGGCGAUGCAGCACCGCAACGAGGAGUUGGAGCGGCAACUUCUUGAGGCGCGCGCGGCGGCAGCGGUUGGGGGAACAGUGGCGGAGGAGUCAUUGCCUGAAAAAGAAGAGGCACUUGCGCCAAACGGUAGCGCUGAUGGGGACUUGAAUGCAAACGACGACGCCACGGCCUCCACAAGUGAGCGGACGCCGCAGGUGCAGGCGUCGUUGGUGGCUGCGUUGCAGCGCGAGAAACAGUUGCGGGCGGAGCUUGUUGCGGAACGGGAUCGCAGUCAAAGCAAGCUGGAGGGGGUGAAGUGGGAGCACAUGGAGGCCGAGAAGAAGGUGGCUGAGCUAAAGACGGAGAUGGACACAUUGCGCUCAAAGGUGGCGCAGCUAGAAAAUAUCAUUGAGGCCAAGGCGGAGGAGUAUGAACUGAGGGAAAAGGAUUACCAACUCAUAAUACGACAGAGCGAGGACAAUAUCACACGUCUGAGGUUAGAAUUACAGGAGGCAAAACACAUCGCGGAAAGUAAAUGCCAGGAGUGGGAGCAGGCGUUGGCUCGCGAGCAGGAAAUGGAGGCGAGACAUGCUGCAGUGGCCGGCGACGCGGAAUGCCUCAAAAAGGCUACCAAUGAAGCACUGGAGGAGCAGCGUGUACGCUUCGAGGGUCUGCUGCAGGAGCGUGAAGGUCUGCUUCAGGAGCAGCAAAGUGCAUGCCAUGCGUUGGGGGCGGCUUUGCAGCAUGUGCGGGAGGAUAAUCGUAAGCAGGCGGAUCGCCUUGAGGAGCUUCGUCAGGAGUUGGAGCAGGCCCAGCUUUUGAAUAGUGAGAUGGAACACAUGCAGGUGCAGAGUCAGCGCCUCAUUGUGCUCCGCGAGGAGGAACUCAUGUCAAAGGAGGAAGAGCGACAAGGACUUCGGCAGCGGCUGCGCGAGGAGGAGGAGGCGCACGCGCGCACGCGGGAGCGCAUGCGUGAGCUGGAGCUGCACCAUAGCGAGGCUGAGCUCCUCCGCUCCGGACAAGUGACUGUUUCAGCGGAGACAGCAGCUGGGGCCGCCGCUCUCGAGCGGGAGUGCAGCCCUACAGAGGCGAAGGUGGCUGCACAGGAGGCAGAGGAGCUGCAGCGAAGGGAUCAAUCCAUACGACAGCUGCAGUUCCAGCUAGAUGACUUGAUCGCACAGAACGCGAGGUUUGCCUUUUACCGCGAGGAACAGGCCGCUAAGACGCGUCAGUUUGAGGCCCGCAUUCGCGAGCUGGAGGCGGAGCGCUCUGCGGUGAUGCUUCAACGCUCGCUGGCAGAAAGUACCUCCAUCGCAGAGCGGUCCCACGCCUCGCGCCAGGUGACGGCGGAAACUGCAAUGGGCAGCGGCGUGGCGACUUCGCUCGAAACGUUGUAUGCGGCACCCUCCGAGCGGGCUCGACAGCAAUUUGUUUCUCAGGCUGUCAUGUCCGCCAAGAAAUUGCGGUUCUCCGCAUCCUCGCGCCUCCGCCGACUCACCGUAACUUCGUUAGCGUGCAUUGUUUUUGUGCUCUUGGCCACGACAUACUUUGCCGCCCCCCCCAGCACUCAGUCCCUGGAGAAAGCGGAGGCGGCGAUGGAGUCGCUCAGGGAGCGGUACACGGCGGCCUCUACGGCGCUGCAGCAAUGCCGGGCCCUCCUCUCGGAACGCCGUGACAAAGAAAAAAACCAUUGA